GGCAUUUUACAUGAUGGAAAUGACGUCACAAGCAGGAACAACUAGCAUCGCUAGAAAGAAACUGUGCAGUCACCGCGUGUGUCUGAUCUAUCUAAUCAAUAACUCGAACCUGUUUUACUUCUGUCAUCAUGUCUAUUAUGUCAUAUAAUGGAGGUGCUGUCAUGGCCAUGCGUGGAAAGGACUGUGUUGCGAUCGCAUCAGACCGGAGGUUUGGGAUCCAGGCACAGAUGGUUACCACUGACUUUCAGAAAAUGUUCCCCAUGGGAGACAGACUCUACAUCGGGCUGGCAGGCCUGGCCACAGAUGUGCAGACCGUAUCUCAAAGGCUGAAGUUUCGCUUGAACCUGUAUGAGCUGAAGGAAGGUCGCCAGAUCAAACCAAAGACCUUCAUGAGCAUGGUGUCUAACCUUCUGUACGAGAAGAGGUUUGGACCUUACUACAUUGAGCCUGUUAUUGCUGGUCUGGACCCAAAGACCUCGGAACCCUUCAUCUGCUCCCUUGAUCUUAUUGGAUGCCCCAUGGUAACAGAAGACUUUGUUGUUAGCGGUACUUGCUCGGAGCAGAUGUACGGCAUGUGUGAGUCGCUUUGGGAGCCUGACAUGGAACCAGAAGAUUUGUUUGAGACCAUCUCACAGGCCAUGCUGAACGCCGUCGACAGAGAUGCAGUGUCUGGAAUGGGAGUCGUUGUUCAUGUCAUUGAGAAGGAUAAGAUCACCACACGCACACUGAAGGCCAGAAUGGACUAGAGAAACUACUGCUGCAUUUCUUCUACAACCUUCUUUGUACUGAAAUAGAAUUUGCCUCUUGUCACAUUUGUCCUCAUUGAGAUUGAAUUGUACAAUAAAUGUUUCUG